AUGGCAGACCCACCAACUCCCGAGGAGAUUGCUGAGUUUGCCCAAGCUGAUGGGGACGGUAUCAACCACGGGAUCAUGAACCCUGAUGGUACACGGAUGCCCCCACCCUACAACAUGCAUGUGGAUGACAACUUGUAUGCUGAUGUCCGGUCACACCUGACUAGAACAAUUUGUGCCAGUGUGGCUUCCUUGUUCGAUGUCCUGGGUGUACCCGACAACCCUCUUGUGCCUUCUCCACUGAGUGGGGACAAGUUCGAAGCUUGGUACAACCACCGCAGGAAGCUUGUGGGUAGGCGGUUCGACUCUAGAACGCUUACUGUUGGGAUGCUCCCACACAAGAAGUCCCAGCUCUUGGAACUGCUCCAGUUGUGGGUAGUCCGUGAGAGUUUCGACCUGCUGGAGAUUGCCCACUUACUUGGGACGCUGGAGAACCAUACCAAGUAUGCCAGGUGGGCACGUUGUUGGUGCUGUGCACUGCAGAAUGCUGUCCGCAGGGCCCUCGUUGCUCGGUUCCACAUCGUCCAGCGUCGGUUCAACCGGCAGGGGCGUGAAGCCAAUCUUCGCCGGGAACUACCCAAGUCUCUGCUUGGCCGUGUGGAAUCCAUGAUCCACCGUGAACGAGCUAAGCUCCUGUGGACCACCCGCCAGAGGUUUGCAGUGGAUGAAGACAUGCGUGCUUCUGUGGCCCAUCUGCUCUGGUAUGUUCGAUCAACUGACUCCCCUUGGGAAGUCCCAAUCGGUUUGAUCAUACCUAGGGAACACCACUUUGCUUCCCGUGGUGAUGCCAGUUUCCUCGGCGGAGGGGCCUACUGCCUAGGCCUCGGUUUCUGGUUUGACAUUGUUUGGUCACCCAAAACCAUCCAUGGUGCCCGCAACACCAAGUCUAGUGACCCUGGGUUCGUCCACAUUAAUUCCUUGGAAUUUAUUGUGGUCGUCCUCCAGUUGGCUGCUAUUGUUACCAGGCUCCGUGACCUCCCAACUGGUGCUGUGUGCUCCUAUUUUCCUAAUGGGGCACCAGCCAUUCCAGUUUGGUUCGGGGAAACAGACAACUCUGUUUCCAAGUCCUGGGAAAACCGAGUUACAGCCAGAACCUCCCAAGGGCAGGGAUUGGUGUCGGUUUAUGCCGAGCUUCUACGGACAUCCGUGAUACACACCCAGUGCGAGCACUUGGCAGGGGCACAUACCAGUUCCAUGCACUCUGCCGCCAGUGCUAGGACGGUUUCUUCCCGUCGCCUCCAUUACCUCUGGUUCUGUGUUGCUAUGAGGUGGGACGACAACCUGACUCUCGAAGGCACGCAUCCCAAGCUACCUGAGAGAGCCCAGCUCCAGUUUGCAAUGUAUGCUGUCCAUCUUAGCGCCGGGCAUUCCAUACAUUGCAAGGCCAUCAAGGCUGGGACUAUUUCCCAGUAUAUUCUUGCUGCAGCUACUCUCAUUGAGAGUUUCACUGAAGCUGACUACAGAAAGGACAAGGAGGGCGAUCGCCCUAAUGGCAAGUUCCUCACAAGCGUGAUGAAAGACAUCCGCAAGUAUGAAACUAUGGCUGACAGACGAGAACCAUACGACCACAAAAUGCAUAUGCUUGCACGGCAGGUUGCUGCAAAGUUCCCUAUUACAAGCCAGGUCUGUGCUCUCACCGAUGGGUUUGAGCAGGGGAUGUGUGGCGGUUUCCGCCUCACUGAAUGGGCCCAGCCGUCAGGAAAGACGAAUGUUGCCCGCCCACACACCAAUGGCCGGCCGUUGCCUGCCUGUCAGACUCGUGCUGUUGUGCCCAAUGACUACCGAGCUGUCACUGCUUCAGGCCGUAGGGUGGUUGGUUUGGCCAUCUUGUCCACUCCGUGCAAUGAAGUCUUGCGAAUCUUCGUCAAGCUCCGUACCCAAAAGAAUGGCAACAACGGUGAAGAACGGCAGUUCGAGCGCAAUCCCACCCCUGGGGGUUUCUGCUUUGUUGUUUCCACCUACCGUGCAUUGACCAGAUUCGCCCAGGUCCAGUUACUGUGCCCAGCCAUUUCUGCUGCACAUACACCACUGGCAAUCUACUGGGACCCUCGUGUUAAACGAGCAAAGCUGGUAGACGCCCAGGCCAUCGAGCGCUUCAUGCGUAGGUUGGCAUCAGCUGUCUACAAUUUGGAUCCGGUUGCGGAUGCAGCAGAUCUAGCACUGUGGAGCUCGCACUCCAUUCGCAUUGGUGCUUGUGUCAUACUCCAUAUCAUGGGGUUUUCCGACCGCGACAUCCAAUGGAUCCUGCGGUGGAAGUCUAUGACUUUCGCUACCUAUUUUCGUAAUGUGGCACUACUGUCACGAAGGCAGAACGCUGCAUUUGAUCGGCUCCAGGCAAUGCCCUGUCUAUAA